GGACUUGGUGCCACAAAUCUAUACGUAUCUAUAACUUGGAGCUCAAAUCCACAUCAGCACCUGUGGAGAUAUAUGACUUGGCGGACAAGAUUCGUAUGGCAGUAUUGUUUCGUGGACUGAUUGUCCACUUUCAUCUUCAUUUCUGAGCUGUAUAUAUUGACUUGGAGCUGUUCUUUCUAAACACAGAUACUAAACCAAACCAGAGAAAUGGAGAAACAACAACAGAGAGUCUACAAAGCUCACUGUUUGGUCUUCACCUAUCCUAGUCAAGGCCAUAUCAACCCUCUGCUCCAAUUUUCCAAGCUUUUAGAUCGCAAAGGAGUCAAAGUCACACUGGUCACUACUCGUUAUAUCUACAAAACAAUGUACAGAGGAUCAAGUUGCACUGCACUUGAUACUAUCUCACUGGAGACCAUCUCCGAUGGUUACGAUGAGGAAGGCUGGAAGACACUGGGAAUAAGUGUUCAGGCCUAUUUGGACAGCUUUCGGAAAGCAGGGUCUCAGACUUUGGCUGAGCUCCUUCAGAAGCUAUCAUGCUCGGGGUGCCCGGUUGACUGUCUUGUUUAUGAUGCAUUCAUGCCUUGGCCUUUGGAUAUUGCUAAGAAGUUUGGAAUACCUGGAGCUGUUUUCUUCACCCAGUCUUGUGCUGUUGACAACAUCUACAAUCAUGUCAACAAGGGCCUUCUGAAACUUCCUCUUACUGACUCUGAGAUUUCACUUCCUGGGAUGCCACCACUUGAGCCGUCGGACUUGCCAUCUUUUCUAUCCGAUUACGGGUCUUACCCAGCUUUCUUUGAACUUGUUAUCGGUCAGUUCUGCAAUGUCGACAAAGCCGAUUGGGUCCUCUGCAACACUUUUUAUGAGUUGGAAGAACAAGUGGUGGAUUGGAUGGCAAAGUUUUGGCCGGUGAAGACCAUUGGACCAACUAUACCAUCCAAGUACUUGGAUAACCGACUUGAAGACGACAAAGAUUAUGGUGUCAACCUCUUUAAAUCCGACAGUGAUGCAUGCAUGAAAUGGUUAAACCAACAUCCAAAGAACUCUGUUGCUUACAUCUCAUUCGGCAGCGCUGCGAGACUUGGACAGGAGCAAAUGGAGGAACUGGCAUUGGGUUUGAAGAUGAGCAAAGGCAAAUUCUUGUGGGUGGUUAGAGAAUCAGAAGCAGCUAAAGUACCAGAAAAUUUCAUCGAGGAGACAACUGAAAAGGGUUUGGUGGUUUCUUGGUGCUCCCAGCUGGAGGUUUUGGCUCAUGAGGCUGUUGGGUGCUUCAUCACACAUUGUGGCUGGAACUCGACUUUGGAAUCUCUGAGUUUGGGAGUACCUUUAGUGGGAAUACCGCAAUGGACUGACCAAAGCACCAAUGCCAAGUACAUUAGGGAUGUGUGGAAAAUAGGGAUUAAAGCUCAACCUGAUGAGGAAGGCAUUGUAAGGCGAGCAGAAGUUGAGCAUUGUAUAAGUGAAAUCAUGGAGGGGCACAGAGGAAAAGAACUACGAAAGAAUGCCAUGAAAUGGAAAGAUUUGGCUCAAAAGGCAGUGGAUGAAGGUGGAAGUUCCGACAAAAACAUUGAUGAAUUCAUCGAAACCUUGAUCAAGCGUUAGUUUGUAAGUUCUCGACUGUUUCUCGCUGAUGAUUCCAUUAGUUUGGUUUCAUUUACGGCCUUUCUAGUUUAGAGAAUAAGAACUGUUCUGUGAUGAGAAUUAACAUGCAUACUUGUGUACCACGUUGUGAUGCUAUAACUACAAAUAAGUAUUCAAUGCGAUCUUGGCUUUGCCCUUCCAUAAUGUAAACUUUUAUUUUCUGUGCUUUGAGGAUUGAUUUCUGCUAUGUUUUCCCAAUGCAAAAUAGAUUGCUUUGUUCUAUUUCAGAUUGUAACGUGCAUGUUUAACUAUGAAAGCAAG